UUACCCCAAAACUCAUCUUUUAUAUAAUGAUGCGAGGAUUUUAUCAUUCGGAGGUGAGUACUGAUUUUUCAGUCAUUAAUUGAUUUAUAGUUCAUCUGAUUAUUGGUGAUAAGGGUUAAUAUUUCAGGCGAGAGAGGUAAAAUUGAUUUUUUUGUUUAAUCAGAAGUUUGUAGUAAAGAGUAGCAAUAAAAUUAUAGGCCAAAACAUAAUCUAGCAUUUUCCCCCUUUCUACCAAGUCAAUUAUUGGUGUGGCCUAGUGCUUUAUUUGUUGUCUUCAUCUUUAGGUGCUGUUUAAUUAUUGGUGGCAUAAGAUUUUCCUUAUCUGAGUCAAAGAAAAAUACCUUCCCGAACUUUCUGUUAUGAAUGAAAAUUCAAAUAUCAUCUAAAUGUCUGAAUCAUAUUCAAAUCUAUAGUAGUGUGGUAUCAUCUUAGUCCUUGCAAAGAGGAAGAUAAGUUAUUCAUGGGGAUCAGAUUUGGAUAUUUUGUGCUCCAACUCAUAUUUAGUUGUUUCUUUACAAACUCUUCAGCCAUUGACACCAUAAAGGCUAAUGAAUCCCUUGCCAACUCUGAAGCUUUGAUUUCUAAUGGAAAUAGAUUCAAGUUAAGUUUUUUCAGCCCACCAAAUAGCAGCCGACGUUACCUCGGUAUCAUGUACAAUCUCCCGGUGAUGACUGUUGUAUGGGUAGCUAAUAGAAACAAGCCUCUCAACGAUUCCUCUGCAACAUUUCAGAUAUCAUCAGAUGGCAAUCUCGUGAUCUUGGAUGGUCGAAAGGAGAUUGUGUGGUCGACUAAUAUUUCAUCUUCUGUGGCAAAUUCUAGUGCUGUGCUCUUGGAUACAGGGAAUCUGGUUCUGCAAGAUAACUCCAAUGGUGCAUAUGUUUGGGAGAGCUUCCAACAUGCUUCAGAUUCGUGGUUAGAGAAGAUGAAGAUUGGAACAUAUUUGAGAAAUAAUACAAAGAAUAUGCUUACAUCGUGGACAAGUCCUGAUGAUCCGUCACCUGGAAGCUUCACGUUCACCAUCGAGCCAUCAGGCAUCCCACAAUUGUUUGUUUGGAAGAAUGGAAAACCUUAUAUCCGGAGUGGUCCUUUCACUAGACGUGGCUAUGCAUAUGGGACUUUUGUUGGUGGCGAUUCUCCAGGAAGUUCAGAUAUAACUUUUACACUCACAAAUUCCUCUGUUUUGCAAUAUUUUUUUUAAGCCCAUCA